GGUUGACAUGACCGCACACACACACCACCAGGAAAUUACAUAACCUUGCGGCAACCUUAUUGCUCGGUAAACAUUCUCCUGCGAUGGCAGGGGUGUGGCCCAGCCUUGGAGGACCUCGCCGCCGAAGAUGAUGAGGUGAUUCCUGGGGCGGGGUGGUGCGUGGUGGUUGGUCUCACAGGAAAACGAACUUCUGGAAAGUUCAAGUUUGCCUUGUCUGUCAGGAGCCUCUUCCUCCUCCUGCCCUCGCACUGUCAAAAGUUACUCUACAACUUUGGAUAUCGGCCUACCACACACACACACACACACACACACACACACACACACACACACACACACACACACACACACACACACACACACACACACACACAACCUUACACUCACACACAACCUUACACGAGCGCAGAUUCACAGAAGAGACACACACACACACACACACACACACACACACACACACACACACACACACACACACACACACACACAGACACACACACACACACCCCUUCCUCAGCAUGGCUCUCCUUCAGGUGCUAAAGGGCCAGGUGUUGUGUCACCUGUUGAUCUUGUGUGUGUUCGUGGUGAGCGGCCUGAUCAUCAACCUGCUGCAGCUCCUCACGCUGCCACUGUGGGGCGCCAGCAAGCAGCUCGCACGCAAACUCAACUGCAGACUGGGGUACUGCAUAUCCAGCCAGAUGGUCUGGUUGCUGGAGUGGUGGUCUGGUUCCGAGUGUACCCUGUACACGAACCCCGACAGCUACCGUCUCUAUGGCAAUGAGAACGCCAUCGUCAUCCUCAACCACGCCUUCGAGAUCGACUUCCUGUGCGGAUGGACCUUCUGCGAUCGCUUCGGAGUCCUCGGGUCCUCCAAGGUGAUGGCUAAGAAGGAGCUGUCCUACGUUCCCCUCAUCGGCUGGAUGUGGUACUUCCAGGAGAUCGUGUUCUGCAAGAGGAAGUGGGAGGAGGAUCGCAGGAACGUGGCGGAGAGCCUGCAGAACCUCCGAGACUACCCUGAGAACUUCUGGUUCCUCCUCUUCUGUGAGGGCACGCGCUUCACUCCUCAUAAGCACCACAUCAGUAUGGAGGUGGCCGACAGCAAGGGCCUCCCCCGACUCAAACACCACCUGCUGCCACGCACCAAGGGCUUCUGGGUAACCGUGCAGAACCUCCGCGGCACAGUGAGUGCUGUGUACGACUCUACACUUAAUUUCAGAAACAAUGAAACGCCCACACUACGGGGAGUACUGAGCGGGAAAAAGUACCACGCCGAUCUUUACGUGAGGAGAAUUCCUCUGGACUCCAUUCCGGAGGAUGAGGCGGAGUGUGCAGCCUGGCUUCAUAAACUCUACCAGGAGAAGGACUCGUUCCAGGAGCACUAUGUCCAGUCGGGUCGGUUCCCGGGCCCGGUGCUGAGUCCUCCGCGUCGCUGCUGGUCCCUCCUCAACUGGAUCCUGUGGGCGGGGCUAGUGCUGGGGCCCCUCCUACUGCUGCUGCUGAGACUGCUGCAGUCCGGAUCCACACUCACCAUAGUGACCACUCUGGCCAUAUGUAUUGCAGUUUCUGGAGCUGUGCACUGGAUGAUCGGCCAGACGGAGAUCAAGAAGUCGUCUGGUUACGGGAAUAAGGAAGCACCAGCCAAUAACAACUGAGGAGACGACCGACAGCCUGGCGACAACCAAUGACAGAGGAGAUGACGGCUUGACGACAACAAAUGAGAACGGAGACACAGUCUGACGUCAACGAAUGAGAGACAAUUACCAAGAGAGGCCUUGCCAUACAACCAAUGAAAAGCCAUAGCCAUUAGAGAACUCACCAAACAGCCAGAUGAUGACCUAAACAGAACUCACAAACGCGAUGAGCAGGAGAGGGGUUGGCAAACUAGCUCAAACAGCCAAUAAAAUACAAUUACCAACCAAGAGAUUACUCGAUGAGAAGUCAUGUAGAGGACUUACCAAGGGCUCAGUCAGAGAGAGUAGAGAGAGAGAGGUUCCAUUGGCCCAUUGUUUCCGGGUUCUAUUAUUGCAAGGGGGAGGGGGGGGAAAUCCCCCUUUAGGCAGACCUAAGGACUGUUCUAUUCAAUGCUAGGAGUAUUAUGACACGCCCCUUUAGGCAGACCGGAACCUGGUCAUGUUAGGUGCCCAUAGCAACCUAUUACAAUGGCAUAUCUCUAUAUACUUAAAGAAUCUCUGGUAUAGUAUAGUACAGUAUGUCAGGAGCACACCAUUCACUCUCCCCUACAAGUGCUCAGGAACUAAAGCUGUGACAUUACCAAGUGCUCAGGCAGCUAUGACAUCACCAAGGAACUAUGACAUCACCAAUUGAAGCCCUGAGACGAAGAACCAUACAAGUCCACAUUUUCAAAUUUUGAACACAUAGACCUAUGUUUUUUUUAAUUUGCAGUUUGAAC